ACUAGGCCCAUUUUCACAUUUCUGGUUUUGCAUAUUCUGUGGUCUUCUUACGCACCAACACUUUAAACAUAGAAGAGAGAGAGAGAGAGAGCUGAGUCACUCUCAGAGCUUCCCUCUUCCUUCUUCCUUCUUCCUCUCUAUAUUACAAAGCAAAAGCCCAUUCCCUUAAACCUCUUUCUCCUUCUACCCCAUUGCAAAAGUCUCAUCCUUUUUACCUCCCCCUUUCUCGUGGGUCUAUACAGAGCCAAACCCAGAAGCUAGAAUUGAAUCAGCAAACCGAAUAAGUUGGAAAAAGGAAGAAGAAACUCUGCAUAUCUGGAAGAACUAUUAGUUGUUUGUGGAAAUGCCAAGCUGAGAUGGGAUCUUUACAAAGAGGAUAUCCCUCUAUCCUUCGUCGGCUGAUGCAGUAGCCAAACAUGAGGGUUUUGGUUUGGAUGUUGAGAAUCCUUGAGAUCGAGAACUUGUGGGCAGCUUGAAGAAACGAUGCCAAACCAGCUAUGGUUUGCACUGCUAAUGAUUUGUCAGAAUGGAAGGACUUCCCAAAGGGUCUUAAGGUCCUUCUUCUGGAUGAAGACAUCAAUUCAGCUGAUGAGAUAAGAUCAAAGCUGGAGGCAAUGGACUAUGCUGUUGCUACUUUCUGCAAUGAAGAGGAAGCCUUAUCAGCAUUCUCGGAUAAACCUGAAAGCUUCCAUGUUGCUAUUGUUGAGGUGACUGUUGGGAAUGGCAAUGGGAGUUUUAAGUUCCUCGAAAGUGCUAAGGAUUUGCCUAUUGUUAUGACUUCUAAUAUCGAUUCCCUCAGCACGAUGAUGAAAUGCAUUGCGCUAGGUGCAAUGGAGUUCCUCCAUAAACCACUCUCUGAAGACAAAUUACGGAACAUAUGGCAGCAUGUUGUUCAUAAGGCCUUUAAUGCAGGGACAGCAACCAUCCAAUCCAAAUCAGUGAAGUCUAUGGAAGAUUCAGUAGCUUCCAAGUUGCAGCUCAAAGUAGAGAUUGAGGAUGCGGAUAAUGGGAAAUCUGAUAAUGAUGCAGAAAAUGAGAAUAAUGUGCCCCCCAUUGAUGACAACAAUAGUGGUAGUGAUAAGUACCCGGCUCCUUCUACUCCUCAGCUGAAACAAGGCGGACGGUUGUUGGAUGAUGGAGAUUGUCAAGACCAUACGAAUUGCUCAACAGAGAAAGAAACUGCUGAGCAAGAGGGGGAGUCUAAAUUCGUCGAAACGUCAUUUGCAAUGGCUGAAAUGAGUAUUCAGGUGGAUACUGAGAACAUAAGCGAUGGAAAAAUCAAAGAAGAGGAUGAUUUGUCCAGUGGUACCAGGGCCGAGAAUCCCAUGAGUCCUCAUGCUCAAAAUAGCAUUGAUAACGAAAAGUCUGAUGGAGGUGUUGGAGACAGAUCCAAAGCAUCUAGUCUUAGAACUUCGGGAGUAACUAAAGCUAGCCGGAAGAAAAUGAAGGUAGAUUGGACGGCUGACCUGCACAAAAAGUUUGUGCAGGCUGUGGAGCAACUAGGUGUAGAUCAAGCCAUCCCGUCAAAAAUCCUGGAGCUGAUGAAAGUUGAGGGCUUGACUCGGCAUAACGUGGCAAGCCAUCUUCAGAAAUACCGGAUGCAUAAGCGACACAGUCUACCGAAAUCAGAUGACCGGAGGUGGCCACAACAACAGAAAGAUCAAACGAAAAGGAGUUGCUACCCCACCCAUAAACCCAUCAUGGCUUACCCUCCUCCUUAUCAGCAACACUCUAAUCAUCCUUUUCCACCAAACUCUUCUGUCUACCCCAUGUGGGGAGCAACAGCAGCUGCUGCUGCUGCUGCUAAUCACCUACCUGGAGUCCAGAUGUGGGGUACUCCUGGCUAUUCACCAUGGGCAGCAUCAGCUGCAGAAAGUUGGCAUUGGAAACCUUACCCAGCGAUGCAUGCAGAGGCAUGGGGUUGCCCUGUGAUGCCACAGCCACCACCACAAUUGCUUUAUAAUUGCUUGCCUCAAAAUCAACCAAGUUUUUAUGGUGCCACCAGCAUUGCUGAUAACCAUCACUGCAGUAUGCUACAAAAUGCUUUUGACCUACAGCCGGCAGAAGAAGUGAUAGACAAAGUAGUGAGAGAAGCCAUCAGCAAGCCUUGGCUGCCAUUGCCCUUGGGGCUAAAGCCUCCUUCCACUGAUAGUGUUCUAGCUGAACUCUGUAGACAAGGCAUCUCAGCAAUCCCUCCUCACAGCAUCAAUAAUGGCUCCAAUUAUUCAUCUUGAUCACAAGGGCCCCACAUUGCUAAUAAAGAUUAUGAUGGUCAUUAGCAAAUUUGAGGCAGGAUUUUGUCCCCAACAAAUAUUUCUUAGCAGAGGAUUACCCAGAAGCUCCAUUAUUUCUUGACACAGUUGUGCAAAAAAAGAAAAGACCCUUGACCUUCAGUUAGGUGAGUUUGUUGGUUGGUGGCAUCUGCAUGAUAGUGAUGAUGGUGAAGAUGAGGGGGAAGUUCAUCUUAUCACUGUUUUUUGUGAGAGACAGAAGGAGGUGACCAUCAAUCAAAAUGCUCACAUGAAGACACAAAUCUGAAAAAGGUUCUGUCUUUGCUUGUUCCCAUCCCAUAAUUUCUUUGAGUGGGGUGGAGAGAAAAAUAAAAUAAAAGAGCCCAAGAGUAGUGAAAAGGGUCAAGAGGUUUGUAAGAUGGCCACGUUUAUGCAUUGUGAACCACUCUUUGAGAUGAGUGGUUGUAAAUAGAAGAAUUGGAAGGAGGAAAACAACAACUUGUAGUUUGGUUGUUCUUUUGUCCUGAAUCUUGAUGAUGAUCAUGUUCUUCUUGACGUUUGUCUCAACUCUACUUUGUGUUCAUCACAUCCCACUUUCUUUUGCUUGUUUUUCAAAAGUCCAAUCAAGAUUAGAUUA